AUGGUUCGCAUGAGCGUUUUGGCGGACUGCCUCAAGACCAUUGUCAACGCCGAGAAGCGCGGAAGGAGGCACGUUCUUAUCCGCCCCUCGAGCCGUGUCAUCGUGAAGUUCCUGCUGUGUAUGCAGAAGCACGGAUACAUCGGCGAGUUCCACAUCGCUGAUGACCAUCGCAGUGGCAAGAUUGUGAUUGAGCUCUUGGGCCGCAUCAACAAGUGUGCCGUUGUAUCGCCACGCUACGACAUUGCCCUUGACGACAUUGAGCAGUGGAGCUCCAACAUCUUGCCGAGUAGGCAGUUCGGUCACCUCGUGCUCACCACCGCUUACGGUAUCAUGGACCACGAGGAGGCCAGGCGCAAGCACACCGGUGGCAAGAUCCUCGGUUUCUUCUUCUGA